AUGAAAGUUGCUGCUUCAACGAUUAGAAAGAACGAACGUGGAAGGCCUCAGGCGGGAUCAGGCGGGACCAUUGAAAGGAUGAUUAAGAACAUUCUUAAGUCCGUUAAAUCCGGCCGCCACACUUCAAUCCACCGCCUUUGGAAGCCUUGGUUUGACAUCUCCGUCGCUGUUGAGCCAACUGGAGCUAGCUGGCUACUAGCAGCCUCCACAGACCUCUCAUACGCCUUCAAACCGCGCGCGACUUGCCUCUUCAACUUGACAGGGCCACGAGGGCCAUCAACGUUCAAGAUGCAAGGAUUUAAUAUGGGACGGUCCAUAUGUCCCCCGGACCAAGAAGGCGUCACAUCUGCAAACAAGCUCGCCGGCAAACAUCCCCUCGGCGCGCGUGCACGCCACCUCCACACAACAGGCGCCCUAAUCGUCCGAUUCGAGAUGCCCUUCGCGGUAUGGUGCACAACCUGUAAACCAAACGAGACAAUCAUCGGCCAAGGCGUUCGCUUCAAUGCCGAAAAAAAGAAAAUCGGCAAUUACUACUCAACGCCCAUCUACAGCUUUCGCAUGAAACACACCGCAUGUGGAGGAUGGAUCGAUAUUCACACCGACCCCAAGAACACGGCUUACGUUGUGGUGGAGGGAGGGAGGAAACGAGAUACCGGUGAAGACAAGGAGCUGCAGCCUGGGGAGAUCCUUAUUCGCGGACACGCGCAGGAUCCGGCGGAGAAAGACCCGUUUGCGAAGCUGGAGGGGAAGAUAGAGGAUAAGCGGCGCGCACAGACGGAGUCUAGUCGGAUCUUGGAGUUGCAGCAGCGACAGAGUCGGGAUUGGGAGGACCCUUAUGAGAAAUCGAGGCGGUUGCGGCGCACGUUCCGUGCGGAGCGGAAGGGGUUGGAGAAAUUGGAGGCGAAUCGGGAGGCUUUAAAGGAGAAGAUGAGUUUGGGGAUUGAUCUGGUUGACGAGACGGAGGAGGAUCGUUUGCGAGCUGGGAUGGUGGAUUUUGGAGAUGAUCAGUCCUCGGUCGGAGUGGAGGCUGCGCGUGCAACUCGGGUUCGACCUAUGUUUGAGACGGUGGACUCAAAGAGCUCCUUGGACGGUGAGAGACGGGAUAAGGACAGAAAGAGGUCACAAAGGACACGGACAGCAGAUCUUAUUGAGCAGCGGAAGGCGUCUCUGCGCAAAGAGUUGAAGGGGAACACACGCGCUGCAGUGGAUCCUUUUCUCAAAGAUGUGGGAGAUUCGCAGGAUAUCUGGAAACCAGGUGUUAAGAGAAAGAGGCCUUCUUCUACAACAGCGAUACCUCGAGCUACUUUGGAGAAGCCGACGAACGCAGAGGCCAAGGAAUCGACGGACACAAAGAGUGGCCUGGUUGAACGUGAAGUUUCCUUUGAAAAGGAUGUUGAACAUUCAAGACCUGCAUCAAAAACCCCAACAUUGGUGGGAUAUGAUUCCGACACGGAGUAA